UCGGCCAUCGUUUUAGAAUCACACACAGACAAAGCACGCGCUGCCGCCGCUGGCAGCUUAAAACCCAAACCCCCUCGUCAUCCAUUCCAGCCACGAGCCACCAUGGCUCCACCACCACCUCUGCUCCCGCUUCUCCUCAUCCUCCUCGUCACCGUUCCUCUCUUCCCCACCGCCGCGCCGACGGCCACGACCCUGCCGCUGUACCGCCACCUCCCGCACGUGGCCGAGGCCGAGGCCGAGGACGCGCACCACCACCCGCUGUCCCGCCUGGCCGCCGCGUCGCUGGCCCGCGCGUCGCACCUCAAGCGCCGGGGACGCGCCAGCCACCACAGCCAAAAAGGAUCAUCAUCAGGCGGCCACAAGUCAAUCCCAGCCACCGCCGCACUGUACCCGCACUCCUACGGCGGCUACGCCUUCACGGCGUCGCUCGGCACGCCGCCGCAGCCGCUCCCCGUGCUGCUCGACACCGGCAGCCAGCUCACCUGGGUGCCCUGCACCUCCAACUACGACUGCCGCAACUGCUCCUCCCCGUUCGCCGCCGCCGUGCCGGUCUUCCACCCCAAGAACUCCUCCUCCUCCCGCCUCGUCGGCUGCCGCAACCCUUCCUGCCUGUGGGUCCACUCCGCCGAGCACGUCGCCAAGUGCCGCGCCCCCUGCUCCCGCGGCGCCAACUGCACCCCCGCCAGCAACGUCUGCCCGCCCUACGCCGUCGUCUACGGCUCCGGCUCCACCGCCGGGCUGCUCAUCGCCGACACCCUGCGCGCGCCGGGGCGCGCCGUUUCUGGCUUCGUCCUCGGAUGCAGCCUCGUGUCCGUGCACCAACCGCCGUCGGGCCUCGCUGGCUUCGGCCGCGGCGCGCCGUCCGUGCCCGCGCAGCUCGGCCUCUCCAAAUUCUCCUACUGCCUUCUGUCCCGCCGCUUCGACGACAACGCCGCCGUGAGCGGCUCGCUCGUCCUCGGCGGCGACAACGACGGCAUGCAGUACGUGCCCCUGGUGAAGAGCGCGGCGGGCGACAAGCAGCCGUACGCCGUCUACUACUACCUGGCGCUGUCGGGCGUGACGGUGGGCGGGAAGGCGGUGCGGCUCCCGGCGCGGGCGUUCGCGGCCAACGCCGCGGGGUCCGGUGGCGCCAUCGUGGACUCCGGCACCACGUUCACGUACCUCGACCCGACGGUGUUCCAGCCCGUGGCGGACGCGGUGGUGGCGGCGGUGGGAGGGCGGUACAAGCGGUCCAAGGACGUGGAGGAGGGGCUGGGCCUGCACCCCUGCUUCGCGCUGCCGCAGGGCGCCAAGUCCAUGGCGCUGCCGGAGCUGUCGCUCCACUUCAAGGGCGGCGCGGUGAUGCAGCUCCCGCUCGAGAACUACUUCGUGGUCGCGGGCCGCGCACCCGUGCCCGGCGCCGGCGCCGGCGCUGGUGCUGCCGAGGCCAUCUGCCUCGCCGUGGUCACCGACUUCGGAGGCUCCGGCGCUGGAGACGAGGGCGGUGGCCCGGCCAUCAUCCUCGGCAGCUUCCAGCAGCAGAACUACCUCGUGGAGUACGACCUGGAGAAAGAGAGGCUGGGGUUCCGCCGGCAGCCAUGCGCGUCGUCGUCGUGAGCGACGUGGAUCGGCAUGGCGGGAUCGGAGUGGAGGCUAUUAAUUACUCCAGUCCACGUAGCGGCAAUGGUAAAUGCAAAAGCUGGCUGUUUGCUCUUUUACUAUCGUGCUUUGCGGAUUGUACUGGUAAUAAACUAAAUUUACUAUCGUGUAAGAUUGAAAAAAAAAAUUACUAUCGUGUGUGCCUGGCUGCCUGCUCAUUCAUGUCACAUGGAUGCGUUUAGAGUUUAGACGUUGAUCAUCAUCAUGGACAUGGUAUGUGAUGUGAGGAAAAGACGAGCAAAAAGACGGAUGCUUUUCUUUUU